AAGCGUCGGGCGUUGGAGUUGGAUUCAGGUAUUAGUCGUCCGCAUUAACUGCUCCGUUGUAUCGCAUAUCAGAAGCUCGGAAAGUACGAAAAAAGGCCAACAGAAAAAUAAUGCUCCGACAACUUUUGGCUCCACGUGCCAAUGAAAGGCCUCGCAACAAACCGCCCGGGGCUCGAGCACCCGGUCCUGAGCGCUCCAGCAAAAAUCCGACACCAAAAUUACCUGAAAACAACAAUAAACCACCAUCGAAGCAAGCCUCGAAGACUUUGACGAGCCCAGCCGCUUCGAGAAGGCGAGCCGAACCAAUUCUCUCGCUCUUCGGAUCCCGAAAACUUCGUACAAUUAAGAAUCCGUCCGAGAAAAACUUGAAGGCUGACCCAAAGUCCAGCAGCAAGCAGCGGGUUGUCGCCGGAGGACAGCCAAGCCAUCCGCCAGCACCGCAACCUCAACCGAAUCAACAACAGCAAACGUUGCGCCAAGCGAACUCUUCUUCCUUUCCAAGUGUCGAGGGUGGUAAACCCGACUCUUGUCCUCAGCAACAACCUCAACAAACCCACCAACAGCAACUGAGUGAAAACUGGACCGCCGGAGGACGCGACACAUCGAGGAGCAACGCGGCGAAGCAAUCCAACAAAGUUUCGACCAAGAGCUCCUCCAGAAUGCAAGAACUCGAGCGGGAAGUGGAAAUCUUACGAAAAGAACGCUCACGCCUCGAGUCUCGGCUGCGGGAAAAUUCAACUGAUUCGAAAAUCUGCGAAGAGCUUCGCAACGAACUUGCCGCUUUGAAGGAGCAACAUACCAGAGAAAUUGUCAAUCUUACAGAAGACAACGAAGCUCUGAGAGCUCGGCUCCGAGAUGUCGCUCACUCACCGCUUUCCGACUCUGAGAAACAACAGCUUCUCCUUGAUGUUACAAGGUUACACAACUCCGCACCAGCCUCCAUCGCUGUUACCCAAGAUGAUGGACAUGUCGCAGCUUCUCAAGAAACUACUGAACAACAAACAUGUACCACUCCUGACUGGGACAAACGCUCCUCCAGUUCCGUCUCCGAAGUCUCUGUUGCUUGUCUACAAGAUAGAAUUCUACAAAUGGAAGAAACACAUUAUUCAACCAACGAAGAAUUACAAGCCACCAUUCAGGAAUUGAGUGAUUUGCAGGCCCAAUUGACGGAACUUCAAACUGACAACGAAAGGCUAGCGGAAGAGAAAGGUGUGCUUCUUGAAUCGCUGUGCAGACAAACGGAGAAGCUAGAAGAUUCACGCUCCAAAGUUGACACUCUGCAGGGACUCCUCUUGCGGGAAGAACAACCUCAAGAUUCGGCAAAAGGAUAUAAUACGGAGAGAGAACAGAAGCUUGUAGAUUUACUCAAAAGCGCUCAAGAAGAGCGAGAAUCGUUGCUGCGAAAACAGGAAGAACUGACUGGAGAGCUCAAAACUUUACGAUCAUCGGCCGAGACGAGUUCGAACGAGACGGAGCGAUUGGCGCAAAGAGUUCAUCUUCUCGAAUCGACAGUGGAUGCUUCGAAUGUCGAAAGAAAACAACUCGAACUCGAACUGGCUGAGGCAAAACAAGAGGGCGCGAAUCGUAGCAUUGAAAUAAGCAGACUCGCGACGCUCUUGGAGAAUGCAAGAGCCAAAAUCGAAGAACUGGAACAAUCGAGACAAUUGGAGAGCAAAAGUGAAGCUGAUGAAUUAUUGCACGCUGCUAGACGCGAAAAAGAUACUCUGGAAACCCAAGCUGCCGCACUUCAAGAACAACUCGCUCGAUCCCAUUGCGAUCAUGAUCGACUUCGCGAUCAGUACUCCCAACUCCAGGAAGAAUAUAAGGUGGCGCGAAACAACGCAAAAUCGGCGAUCGACGAUUUAGAGUAUCGAUUCAACCAGAUGAAGGACGAACGUCUGUCGGUGAGCACAGAGCUUCAAUUGGUACGAGACUCCCUGGCGGAGUUACAGGCUCAAUGUCAGCGGCAUUUGGAAGACAAACGAGAAUUGAAAGCCGCGUUGAGUGAGGCCCAACGACGAGAACGCGAGAGUCAAUCGCAUCAAUACGAACUCGAGAGAGCCCUCGAGGAAGAACGAAAACUGCGUCAAGAAGAAAGCGCGGAGUGGGAACAAUUUCAGGGCGACCUUCUGAUGACAGUGCGCGUUGCGAACGAUUUCAAAACUGAGGCGCAGAGCGAACUUGAACGAGUCGUUUUGGAAAACAAGGCGCAGCGAGAUCGGCUACGAUUACUGGAGGCUCAACUCGAUAAACUCAACAAGGACGGUAACAAAGGCGGUGAUAUUCGCAUGCCCGAAAUCUCUAACGAUUUCGAUCGCAAGCCUACGAGUGUCAUACUGAAACGCGGGCGUACAAUCAGAAAGCGGAGUGAGCCCGUGCGCACGAUGCCAAUGAGACAAAGAAAAUUUCCAUCGGAUUCGGCGUUGGAUCGGUCAACAGGAAAAAAUCGUACGUCAUGUCCGGUUGUCCAGGUCGGCGAACAAUUAUUGACUGGUACAGAAGUGGAGUUUUGUCCAAUUACGAAAAAGAAAACAGUCUCGAUCGGGAAAUGCAAAAAUACAUUGGAGAAAGGCAACGAAAGUGAGACGAAAAAUUUGAGCGGCGAAGGUUACAAAAAACUUUACAUUCCAGCCUCUUCCGAUCGAGGAAAUGAAAAAAAUGUUGAAAGUCGUCCAUUGAAAAAUAUUCAAGGGAUCGAGAGCACGGAAAAUGAAAAUUCUUACGGUAUCAACGUUUCCAAUAGCCGAUUUUUUGUACCAAAAAAUUAUGUUUAUCUCGACAUGCAACGUUCCAUGGAUGAUUUGCGUUUCGAAGUCGAUCCUCGAAUGGGUAAAUUAUUUCACGAAAGUAUGGAGAAAAUGUCGAGGGUUGGAUUGAAUUACAACGGAUCUUUACCCGAUUUGGUUGGUAAAGAAAAUUCCUUGCUGAACUUCUGCAAUUCUAUGUCCGAUUCGAAUGACAACGUUUUUUUGAAUUCCGAAAAUACCAACGUCGAACCAACAGAACUUCGUGGAAGCGCUAGAAUUGAGGGAAUCUUAAACGAGCCACUCUUAAAAAAGUCUUUCUCACCAGAAGCCAAAAGAUUGACGUCAAGCGAAGCAGCAACCAACUUUCUUCGUUUAAAUGCUUUAGUACAGGAAAAUGAUAAUAGAACUUUGGAACAAAAAAGCAGAGAUGAAGAUUUUUCCAAAAUGCAAGCCACCGUCGAGCCUGAAAAUUCAGUAGGGAACGGUGCAAUACCUCUGAUUGCUAAGCCUAUUCUCAUAGGAGAUCCUGAGAACGAUAACGAUUUUGUAAUCGGCAAAACUUUGCAAAAUCCGAAUCCAGCGGUUAUAAUUGAACCAACGAUCUUUGUGCCUCGGGAAUCAGUGGGUCUAGCAAAUGGUUCGGCACUGAAAAACAGCUUACUAACCGAUAAAAUCGAGCGUUCCAAUCCCUUGAAGAAUGAUCAGAUCAAUGUUUCUCUUUCCAAGGAUUCGACAUCGAGAAGAUGUCACUCAUGUCCGAACAACGAUGAAAUUAAGCAGAGAACGCGAUUUUUGAGCUCGACGGAAAUGACAAAACAUAAUGGAACAGUGAAAGAGGGUAUGAAUAUUUCGGUUAAAACGGAUUCCAGAAGCAAACGAUUGGAUACUUCGAGUAGCAGAACCUCCUCCAAUUUGAGUAAUCAAAAACGUAUGAAAUUGACUGAAGAAAAAAGCAACAAACUCCCCCAACGAAACGACUCUACGAGAAUAUCCAAAUCACUUGUGUCGAUCCCUUUCGGGCGCACGUAUUCGUUGAAAGAAAAAUUUGAGCCCAUUGCCGAAGAUGUCGAACUAAGACGAACCAAACGGCCAUUAGGAAUUGCAGGAGGCUCGAAUCAGAAGAGUAUGCCACCACCUAUACCGAGACCGGCGAGCACACCAACGGAAACGCAACAGAGCGUUUUGACGAGUGUGCAACAGGAAAUGGCAGCUCGGAGAAAAGCUGCGAAUAUAACGAGGCAGGACUCGAGGCUUUCGGUCAAGUGUCUAAUCGAGAGUAUCGAGAACGCAACGAAACAGGCGAAAGCCGGUACGUGCGCCGACGGCGAGAUUGACGAGUCUACCCUAGGACGAGCAUAUUCGAUUCUUGAUGCUGACGUUAUUAAUUCAGCCCUAUGCGCAGGACCAGGAAGUCGAAGUAGCUCAACCUCUUCCAUCAAUUCCAUUGGUACAAACGAUUUGCUCUCCUUGAAAGCACCACUUCGAGAUCAACAACAGAUGAACAAUUUGAUUGUCAGCAGCCAUACAACCAACAAUAACAAAACUCAAACGACGAAUAACAGAAAAACAUUAUCAGACACGAAAUCAUCAGGACCAGUAGGUGGAAUGAGUCCCGGUGAACUUCUCGAUUCGGCGGCUUUAAACGCAAAGGCGAUUGAUUUUGUGCAACGGAAUAGUAUCACCGAUCUUUCAGAGCGCAAAGAUCCUCUUUACGGUUUAGUUAAGAAUGGUGGCUCCAAGAGAAACGCACUACUCAAAUGGUGUCAAAACAAGACCCUCGGUUACCGGAAUAUCGACAUCACGAAUUUUAGUAGCUCGUGGAACGAUGGACUCGCUUUGUGCGCUAUUUUACAUUCUUAUUUGCCGGAUAAAGUUCCCUACGAUUCACUCACACCUUCCGAGAAGAGACGCAAUUUCUCAAUCGCCUUUUCCGCCGCAGAAAGCGUCGGUAUACCUACGACACUGAACAUCGGGGAAAUGUGUCAGCUGGAGCGACCCGACUGGCAACAAGUUAUGACUUAUGUUACAAGUAUCUACAAACACUUUGAGACUUGAGACUCCCCCGGGAUGUUGCUCGUACGUUAGAGAUAUGAAUGGUUGAUUAAACGAGCGAGAACAAUUGCAUCUAGUCAGUCGAAUUGUGGAGUGAGAGAGAGAGAGAGAGAGAAAAGAAGAAUUGGGGCUGGGCCGGAAGUCGAGAUGGCCUGGAACGCGAUCUGAAUCAAUCAAGAUGAAAAAUUGUAGCCCCGCGUGUACAUAAUUUUGAGUUCCCGACUCUGAUGCGCCUUCAACUCGAUUGAAAGUUUGAUUAAGCGUAACGCCAUAGAUGGAAUUGCUUUUUUAUCAUGAGACUGACAAAAUGAAGGAAACGAAACAAAAAAACGAUGAAAAAAACAAACAUACUCAGAAGUAUUUGCUAAUUUUUUGAGUAUACGUAGAAUGAAGUAUCUGAACGAAAAAUGAAGGAGAGAUGAAAUACAUUCGCUUGUACUGCGUUUGUCGAGCCUAACGAGUUCAAGUAUUUGCGUUCCUCGUACUAUGAGUAUUUUUCUAACGUAUUAUUUUUCGAAACAUAUUAUUAUUUUUCUUGUAAAUUUAUUAUACUGUCUACGUGUACGCUUAAGGUCGUUGAAUCAAGCAUUACCUAAUUUAUUGCAUUAACCACGUUCAAUAGUGCAGAGUGCGAAAGAAAAGUGUUUGAACGUUCUGGGUUUUUUUUUUUUUAAUAUGAUGCAAAUAAACAUUAAUCGUCGAUUGAUCCCACCGUUGUUACGGGGGACAAGAACAGGACAUGGUUAAGUUCUCUGUGAUAUAGCGUAAUAUAGAUCCUGAAACAGAGAUACGCGUUAUCGUUAUUGCUCUUACUAGUAUACGAACACCUCUCCUCGAUCUAUUUUUUCCUAUUAAUAUUAUUCAUCCUUCGUACGCAAUAUCUUCUGUUUUAUUAUAUCAGUCAUACGAACUGGACAAUACGCUGUUCAACGUGAAACAAUAAACUUGCCUAAUGCAUCUCAAAGACAAAAUCGAAUGAAAACCUUGAUUUUUAAAAAAAUGAACAUUACUACAAAUAUUGCAAUUGGAAAUGAGAAAUGAAGAAAUAUACACUGAAGUAACUUACAA